AUGUCAAAGAAAAGUCGUGCGAAGGGAGAGAAGUCCGACAUGGAGAUUGAGGCCCUGCAAGCUGCUAAUGAGGAGCUGCGAACUAAACUAACCAACAUCCAGAUAGAAUUUCAGCAAGAAAAAAGCAAGGUGGGUAAACUGAGAGAGAAAAUCCAAGAGGUUAAGCAAGAAAGGGAGCAAGAGCAGCACAAGCACACUGCCUAUGUUUCUGAACUCAAAGCCAAGCUCCACGAGGAGAAAAUGAAGGAACUUCAGAGUGUCAGAGAGCUACUCAUCCGGCAGCACGAGCAGGAGGUAGCAAGAAUGGUGAAAAUCAAAGAUGGUGAAAUUCAGCGUUUGCAGUCAACGGUCAAUGUUCUGCGGGACGGGGCGGCUGACAAGGUAAAGACGGCGCUGCUGAGUGAAGCAAAGGAGGAGGCCCGGAAGGCGUUCGACAGUGAACGGAUGAAGUUGCAGCAGGAGGUCUUGGAGCUGAAAUCUGGCAAAAAGCAGCUUGAGGAAGCUUUGAACAACAUUAUGCAGGCAGAUAAAAUGAAGGCUGCUGACCUGCGCACGGCCUAUCAGUCCCAUCAGGAUGAGAUUAAUAGAAUAAAGCGUGAAUGUGAGAGAGAGAUCCGCAGGCUGAUGGAUGAGAUAAAAGGUAAAGACAGGGUGAUUCUGGCUCUGGAGAAAGACCUUGGUGUCCAGGCAGGCCAUACACAGAAACUGCUUCUUCAGAAAGAAGCUUUGGAUGAACAGCUUGUCCAAGUGAAGGAGGCAGAACGAUACCACAGUAGUCCUAAGAGAGAGCUUCCUGCGGGAGUGGGGGAUAUCACCGAACUGAUGGGAAGCCCGGAGCAGCAUUUGGAUGAACGAGAUGUGCGGAGAUUUCAGUUAAAAAUCGCUGAACUAAAUGCUGUAAUAAGGAAGCUGGAAGACAGAAAUACUCUCUUAGCAGAUGAAAGAAAUGAACUGCUGAAACGUUCUCGGGAGACAGAAAGUCAGCUGAAGCCUUUGGUAGAAAAAAAUAAGAGGAUGAGCAAAAAAAAUGAUGAUAUGUUGCAAUGUAUCCAGAGAAUGGAAGAGAAAAUAAAAAAUCUAUCAAGGGAAAAUGUAGAAUUGAAAGAGAAAUUAUCCGCACAACCAGCGCUGAAGAGGCACACAUCUUUGAAUGAUCUCAGCAGCACACGAGAGGAACAAGAAAUUGAAUUCCUUAGACUGCAAGUCAAAGAACAACAGCAUGUUAUUGAUGAUCUCACAGUGGAAAGGGAACGGUUAUUGCGGUCUAAAAAACAGAGGAGGAAAAGUCUGAAGCCUCCAAAGAGGCAUGUUGUGGAGACAUUUUUUGGAUUUGAUGAAGAAUCUGUUGAUUCAGAAACGUCAUCUGUAACUUCAUAUAACACAGAUAAAACAGACAGGACACCAGCAACACCAGAAGAAGAUUUGGAAGAU